UUCGAAUGGGAAGAUUACCUUGAAAAAACUGGAUCGAUCGCUGCACCACCAGACCUUUUCAAUCAGCCGGAAGAGCCUCCUGUAAAUAAAUUUAGAAUCGGCUUAAAGCUAGAAUCUGCAGAUCCACGUAGUCCUGCAUGUACCUGUCUAGCGACCGUUGUAGAUACAUUGGGAAGUAGAAUACGUCUCCGAUUAGAUGGAUGUGAUAACCAGAAUGACUUUUGGCGUCAAGUCGAUUCGGCAGAUAUACAUCCAAUCGGAUGGUGUGAAUCAAAUUCAGAAAUGAUCCAGCCUCCAUUGAAUUGUUUGAAAAACCCCUCUAAUUGGAGCGAGUUUGUCAAGAAAACGUUAAAUAAAGCAGAUUUAUCGACGUCGGAGCUAUUUUUGACGCCUCCAACACCACCAGAAAAGAAUAUGUUUGAAGUUGGUAUGAAACUUGAAGCUGUUGACAAUAAAAAUCCCCAAUGUAUUUGUGUGGCAACUGUAGCUAACGUUGACAAAGACAAAAUUAAAAUUAGUUUCGAUGGCUGGAAUAACACCAGUGACUAUUGGUGUAGUUAUUUAUCGAGGGAUAUAUUUCCUGUUGGUUGGUGUAAAAAGAGUAAACACCCCUUACAGACAGCUAAGGGUAUGUACAUUAUGUGA